AUGGUUGGCAUGUCCAGAGACGCGGUCCGCUUUGGACGUGUGCCAAAACGCGAAAAAGCGAAAAUGGUCGAGGAAAUGCAACGAACAUCGGCUCAAUCGCAGCUCGACGCACUGGCGGUUCAAUUCGAAAACGAGGCGGAUGCCAUCGAAAGGAUUGCGGCAGCGUUCACGUUACUCUGCGGAACGAUUGAAUCUUGCAUCGUCCCGCUGCCAGGUGGUCGUUGUCCAUUGCAGUUUCACUCGUAUCUGACGGCAAUCAAGGGCGUAGUCGAUUUCGCCAACACGAUCCCAGGAUUUCUCUGCCUCGCGCAAACCGAUCGCAUUCAGCUGCUUAAGAGCUGCGUGUUUGACGUGCUGCUGCUGGCAUCGGCGACUCGAAGCAAUGGUCAGGAUACGAGCCUUCCGGCAUCACCCCUCCUGGCUCACUCACUGGUUCAUUUCACACAUCGUCUACGUUCGCUACCUGCUGGCUGUGCGUCUCUGCUGGCUGCGUUGGCGGUAUGCCAACAGGACGUUCUUCUUCCAUUACCGUCACUGUCGACACGUCUCGUGGAACGCCUUUGGUGGCUUGAAUGGGACCCGACCGUUGGGGCCAGCGACGUUUAG